UACCGGAACCUGCAGGCAGAUAUUAUCAUAAAAUUGGUAACCCUGAAGCUACGCCUAGGAAAGUUCCUCAGUGCAAGUUUUAGCCUCCGAGACGGAAGCAUCGGCUACGGUGACUAGCGUGCACCGCCGUUUACAAUGUCAAAAGGGGAUGAAUCGAUGUGUACUCCGUACAGUAAUUGUACUGAGACAGAGGCGAUCGGCUACGGUGGGUAGCGUGCACCGCCCGUUUUACUUCUGGGUAUACAGACUGGCUUCACAAAACCUGGAAAAAGUGAGCCAAUUGAUCAAGCAUGUUUCCACACCAAACAUUUAGGGGGUUAGAUAGUAGAAUAGAUAUAUUAUCUAAAUCUCGCCUCCUGUAAGAAUAUUAAAAAUAAAAGACGUGAAUUAUUAUUAUUAUUUAUGAGACUGGUCUUUCUUUGAACAGAAAAUUCUGGACAACGAUAGUUGAAAACUGUAA